CCACAGUGUGCCAGUUCUCCGCCAUAUUGACUGUUGUCUUGACUGGAGAAGAUAGGGAACAUUUGUGAUCCUAGAAGAACAGAAACUGUGUGUGUAAACCCUCCAAACUGGUGCAAACUUGGCCAAAGGAUAUCACGAACACUUGAGUAAUGGCAAGGAAGAAAACCAAACAACAAGGAGUCGGGCACAAGGAGCUGGUGCCUGGACAGCAGAACAUAUCGAAGAACCCCGUCUCUCCCGGCGAUGCAGCUGGCGGUGGUGGCGGAGAUGCAGGGCUGGAUAGACUGGCCACCAGGGCGAAUCAGCCUAUGCACACCUGCUGCCUACUGUGUCAUCGUGAGUUUAAGGACUGGGGGGCAAACUCUGUGAACGGUCUCCCUGGGGGUCACGGGGCGAAGCUGGCAGACACGGUGGGCCGUAAGCUGGCUGACGCGGUGCCCUCCCUGUCCCAGUCUCUCCUGGGGGAGGUGCCCCUCUGGAUCUGCCAGAGCUGCCGGAAGAGCGUGGAGGAGGAGGAGAGGCGGAGUGCCCAGGAGGAGCCCACACCGGUACCGUUGUCACACUCGUCCUCCUGCAAAUCCCAGAGUUGUGGGAAUGGGUACCCAGAGCACAGUUCUGUAGACUGGGACCCCAGCUCCUUCCUGUCAGCCCACAAGCUGUCUGGCCUCUGGAACUCUGCCCACAGCAAUGGAGGGGUCCACUGCAACCACAAUGCAGCCCCACACUCACAGCAAGGUGGAACAAGGGGACCAGUGUGUCACGAGAAACGAGGUUCUCAUGAGGCACCUGGGAAAUCUGCUAAGACCUCAGGGGCCAAAGUGUGCCCCUACAGUCACCCCUCAUCCCAGAAUUCCAGCGGAACGUCUCCUGGCAACCCCCAUUCUACCUCUGACCUCUGUAAGACCACCCCCAAGCACUUCAAGACCAUGUGCAGAAGACCAACUCCGCCAGGUGAAGCCUUCCAUCCCAGUGAUCACCACCAACACUCGGACCUGUCUGUGCCCCCCAACAGCCCCACUGGUCUCUCCUCCCAGCAUUCCUCUCUCCUACCGCCCAAGCAGAGCUCGGGAACGCACGGCCACGUCCCUUCCUCUCCCAGCCCCGGCCUCGCUGCUCACGCUCCCUUCUCUCCUCUGGUACCAAACCUCCACAGCCCGUCAGCCAAGCUCUCCUCUGGGCCUGACAGCCCCACGGCCCUCCACAAGCCUAGCCCCUGCAAGAACUCCCACAUUCCUGCUGUCAACACUCAGCACAGCAAACUGGGCGGGUCCCUCAUGGGCUGUAACCACCCCUGUAACGGGAACAGCGGUGCGACAGUGGCCACCUCCAACGUAGGACAUCUGACAGCAGGGGCCUGCAGGGACCAGGCGUGUAAAGGACACAAGCUGGCUAACGGGACGUUGUGCCACGCUCCGUCGGAGCUGGAGGAGGGUGAGGACGAGGACAGCAGCUCUGAGAGGAGCUCCUGUGCCUCUUCCUCCACCAACCAGAAGGAUGGGAAGUAUUGCGACUGCUGCUACUGCGAGUUCUUCGGACACAACGCACCUCCUGCUGCACCGACGAGUCGUAACUAUGCCGAGAUCCGGGAGAAGCUACGAUCCCGUCUGACCCGACGCAAGGAAGAGCUGCCUCUGCAACAAGACUCAGACCCGGGCGUCGCCAGCGCAAUCGACAACCGGGACGUCGACGAGCUGUUGGACUUCAUCAACAACUCGGAGCCCAAACCCAUCAACAGUGCCAAGGCGGCCAAACGGGCCCGUCAUAAACAGAAGAAGAAGGUAAGAGAGGAAAAGGAGAAGUCGCAUGGCUGCAUGGAGGCUGGAGGCAGCGACCCCCUAUCCACCCCUCCAGAGCCUGCAGACGAUCCCAGCCCUGAGGGCUCGGAGGCCAGCCGAUUGCUGGAGUGGCCCCAGCUGGAGCUGGAGCGGGUCAACAGCUUCCUCACCAGCCGGCUGGAGGAGAUCAAGAACACCAUCAAGGACUCUAUCCGGGCCUCCUUUAGCAUGUAUGACCUCAACCUGGAUGUCAACGAUUUCCCUAAGAAGGCGGCUACGCUGGAGGGCAACCAUCUGCUGUCACACCUCAACGGCUCCUCCGACCUGCAGCAGAUCGACCUGGACCUGGCCCCUCUCUCCCUGGGCACCUUCAAGAGCCAUCUGGACCUGGUGAACGGCUGGGAGGAAGCCCACAGCCUCUCCUCCUCCAACACAACCGCCACUGCAGGGGCUGCCACCGGGGCUGCCACCGGGGCUGCCACCGGGGCUGCCACCGGGGCUGCCACCGGGGCUGCCACCGGGGCUGCCACCGGGGCUGCCACCGGGGCUGCCACCGGGGCUGCCACCGGGGCUGCCACCGGGGCUGCCACCGGGGCUGCCACCGGGGCUGCCAAAGAUGUCCAGCGGCUGCACUCCACACCCAAUCUGUCCAAGCUCAUCCGCAUUCGUUCCCCAGAGAUGUGCCCCUCUUCUGGGCCGGACAGCCAGCAGCAGACCCCGGUCCCUGCUGCUGCCAAGCCCAAGGAGGAUGUCUUGGAUCCCAGGAACUUUGCCGCUGCUGGGGCUGGUGCUGCUAAAGCCAAGAAGGGUAAAAAGCAGCAGCAAAGGCAGGAGCAGCCUCUGACUGAGCAGAACCCAGCCAAACCCACCAAAGCUGCCUCUGGGAACGAAUUGAUGAGCAAGGGGGCAGACUUGGGAUCUAACAGUUAUAAGAUCGGGUCCCGACAGCCCCCUCCACCUCAGCCCCUGUCCUCUGCAGACAGCCAGAGAACCGUGCCCAAGAACCCCACAGAGUCCAGGCCACCCAGACAGGCGACCAACGGAACAGCCAGUGGGGUCUCAAACACCCACAGGGGCAAGGCUGACGCAGAGACACGUGGAGGUCGCUCGGAACAGGAGUCAGAGGGCAGAGGUCACUCCACUGCUCCUACAAAUGGACAGCAGCAGCAGCCCAAGGGGAAGAAUAAGAAGAACAAGAACAAGGGCGAGAAAUCUGGCCCUGCUAUUGAUGAUGUUUUUCUGCCGAAAGAUGUAGAUGCUACAGAAAUGGAUGAGAUUGAUCGUGAGGUGGAAUACUUCAAAAGGUUUUGCCUUGAUUCUGCUAAACAAACCCGCCAGAAGGUAGCAGUGAACUGGUCCAACUUUAGCCUCAAAAAGGUUUCUUCAAACGCAGCUCAAUAACUUGAUGGGCCCCGGACUACAGAACUCCCAAGUUCCCAACAUAACUGUCAAUAGAACCCUGAUUGGCCGGAGGCCUUUUUACUCAUUCCCACUUCCUCCUCUUCUUCGUCGCAAAGCCAAGGGACCCUGGGGCAGCAUCGUUUUCCAUUCAGAAGGACUAUAAUCCUAUUGGCUACUAGCCAGGGAUAUCUCACAAGGCCAACUCCAACUUUUGCUAUCUUGGUGAUGAUCACAAAACGAGUUGCAAAAAUGGAAAAUAAUCAACUUUGUCUGACCCGCUUCAUCUGUGUGCUUCAUUUAAUGUAGUAUGUAAACAGUUACCUUACAAUAAAAGUGUUUUAUUGCAAAUGUGGCACAUUUUAACAUUGUUAAACCUCUGGAUUCCUAUUGGUUCGGUUUGGUACUCCAAAGGUACUCUGUUGCUCAUUCCUGUUUUUGUUGCAGUUGUUCUUGCUCCUCUGGCCCCUUCACACCAUUUCUGUGAUGAGAAUGUGAGGACGUUCCAGCUUUAUAUCAUUUUACAAUGAAUUUAAGAAGAAAGUAUUGUGAAGGUGACUCCACAGAUAGAUUUUUUUUCAG